AUAAUUACAAUUUCACCGGUUUCUCAUACCCAAAUGUAUGUUUGAAAAGUCACAACAACAAAACCUUUUAGCGUUUUUUUAAGGAUUUUUUUUUUAUAUUGUGUUUCGACUUUGCUUUAGGGGUAAAUAUUUUUAGGAUCUAGUAACACAGAUAUUGGGGAACAGUCCCAGAAAAUAGAAAAUGGCUGUGCUUUGCUAGAGCGCAUAUAAAUUAUUACAUUGAAUAUAAGAAAAACACUUGUAAUUGUUUUCAAAUGGUUUUCGCUUGUAAAUAAUAUGGAAACAACCAUCAUGAACAAUAUGUGCCGAUGCUGCGCAUCGGAAGGUGCGUUUAAAGACAUAAAAACGACCUAUCGUUGGAUGGGCGAAGAUGAAGUGUAUGGAGACAUGCUAAAAGAUUGUUUCGACAUAACUCUGUCAGCUUCAGACAGUGAAAGUGGCAUAUGUGAAGUGUGCAUCACACAGCUACGGAAUGCAGCCAACUUCAAGAAACAAGUUCUUCACACUGAGGAGCAGUUUUUAAAACAUGGACAAAAUAAACUGUUCAAGCCCAACAUAGUAAAGGUGGAAUUGCCAGUGGAAGAUGUCCUGGACGGUGAUGACAACAACCUGUCUGGGGAUGAUGCUUUCUCGGGAGCAGAAUACGAAUUACCCAUUAAAACAGAGAAGGUGGAGGAGCCAAAGACUAAGAAACGCGCGGCCGCCAAGGCGAGCACCUCACGCUCCAAGAAACAGAAGACCAGCGAUGGAGAAGAUACACCCGCAAAAAGAACGGACGGCGACACGCCCAAGCGCAGGAAAAAGCACAAGGCAUCAGACGUAAGCGCCACUCCGGAACGAGUUGAGCACAGGGUCAACCUGACAGCAAUAUUGCAGUUUUCCAACGCCAGUCCGUUCAGAGAUAAGACUAUACGCGGAUUCUCAUGCCUGUACUGCGCGAAGGCAUUCCCCAAUAUUGAUGAUCUGCGGCAUCACACAGCCCAACAAUCGGAGAAAGACAAAAUAAACACUAUUAUUGAUUACAAACUAAGUUACAAUCCCAUAAAACUUGAUAUCACCAAUCUAUGCUGUACCGUUUGCAACCUGGCUAUGGUGGACCUUAAUGAACUUAAGGAGCAUCUUCGGACGGUCCAUAAAAAAACUAUCUAUAAACACAUAAAAGACAUCAUCCUGCCGUUCAGGCUAGAAGACGGACAUAAUUUUACCUGCGUCUUAUGUUCGGUGGUACACAUAUCAUUCAAGAAUCUGUACCAUCACAUGAGCAGCCAUUAUAGAAACUAUUGUUGUAAGAAGUGUGGUGCUGGUUAUAUCACUAUAGCGGCAUUGAGGAAACACGGAAAGACCCACGCUCAGGGAAUAUUUCCGUGCGAUUUCUGCGAGAAAACUUACACUUCGAUGACUAAGAAAAGAAACCACGAAAAGGGGGUUCAUAAGGGUGGGUGGUUGCGAAACAAAUGUCCUCAUUGUCCCGAAGUUUUUGUCAGCUACUAUGACAGAAAGGAGCAUCUAGUGAAGGUACAUAACGAGGCUCCAAUAAUUUAUCCUUGCAACGCUUGUAAUAAGACGUAUAAAAAGAAAUUCGAAUUGAACAGACAUAUAAAACAUCACCACCUGCAACAAAAGAGUUUCUUCUGUGACAAAUGUAAUGCCAAAUUUUUCUCAAAACGAGGACUAGUUGAUCAUUUGUCAAAACACGGUGGAGUGGAAAUGUGUUCAUGUCAGAUCUGUGGAAAGAAGUUCUCACGGUUGAGAUCUUUGAAAGAGCACCUGAAGAGGCACGAAGACGAUAAGGGGUACCAGUGUGAGGUCUGCAAAAAGACAUUCAUGCAGAAAUGUAGUUUGAAGAGCCACGUUCGUUUGCACCAGGACGACUUGGAUAUAUUCAAAGAGUUUGAUGAUGUUAAACAUCUAAUAGAUAAUCGAGAAAUGACAUUAAAGCAGAUCGCCGCUGAAAACAAGAAGAAGGAGGAAGCAGAGAAGCAGAAGACGAUGUAUGCGUAGUAUAAGGUCAAUAGACUCAAGUGCAAACACAAUAAGUAUAUUAAGUUGCUUGUGGACAUUUCAAUAUCUUAACAAAUAACCUACCAGAUAGCUGUGCGUGGGUAUGGCGUCACAUCACAGGGUUUUUCAUAUUUUAAAUAGUAUUUACGUGAUUAUAGAUACAUAAUUUGUAAACGCCACAAUUGGCUGAUAAACUAUUUGUUGCUCCCUAUGAGGACAUCUGUCCAAUGAACAUUUUAUAAAGGAGUUUGUGACAAACGUACGAUUGAUAGUAAAAUGCCACAAUUAUACUCCAGAGAGACGCGGUUUGUAUAUUACGUGGCGGAUUAUGAUUAUAACUAGCGAAGACACUGCAUUGUGGCAAUGUAAAUGCGUUAUUCGAAAGAACGAUUAUUAUUUAUAUAAGUUAGGAAUGACCGAGGGACUCUUCCUCUGCAAUGUUGCAUGAAUUCAUCAAUAGGCCAUUUAAAUGUAAAAAGGGUGUACGUUCUCUUGCAGUUCAGGAAAUUGAUAUUGACAUUUAAGAAAAAAAAUAGUAUCUUUUUUAACGUAAAGUUUUGUCAAAACGAAUAAGACGUUAAGAGAAGAGAAGUUUUGUAGGGACAAGAUGAAAUAUGUUUCAAAUUUACAAUAAUAUUAUCUGCAUUGGCUACACUGUAGACAAUGUUUUUUUUGACAAUCAAUGACAAUGGCUUGACAAUGAUUAUUAGUUGUAAUUAAUGUGUUUUAAAACAAUAAAUUAUAAAUACGAAUCGCAGAAGAAAUGUUGCGCCAAAUAUCGCCCCAUUUAUCAUAUCAAUUCAGACUUAACGUUUAAAAUAGUUGCGUACAAAAAAUGGACAGAAAAUAUCUUGCAAUACGAGAGAUCGCGGGUUCGAUCCUCGCACUGACCCAUAUAUUUGUGAAAUUUUGUUUGUUUUUCUAAUGCCCUUGAUGGCUUGAUGGCAAAUUAGUGUCUCACUAUGUUGGGUCUUGGUGGAUGUAUAAUAUAUUUGUUAUAAAGUUCAGAUACAUUAUUUUUUUAUACAAUCAAAUGUAAUAGUAAUUUCAUAAAAUAAUUAUAGAGCUUUUAAAAAUGACAAUCGUUUAAAAAGAUUAGCCCUCUUACUUAUAAAUAUUUCUAAAGUGUUUCAUCCAACAGUUUUGACCCCUCCGUUGCGUGAAAUGAUUUAAGAAUUAAAUACUUUAUAAAUGUUUAUAAACUAUUUAAAGUAAAAGGGUGUAUAUUUUACCUAAAUGUACAUUCAACUUAUUCAAAUUCGACCUUUAUUUGUAACGUAAACUUAACUUUUUGAGUACAGACAAAACUGGUGCCAUUACGUUUCAAUUCACUCAAUAUUUGUGAUCUGCUACUAGGUAAAUAGAAAUGAAGACUGAUUUUUAAUAAUUAUAAAGUAAAAUAAAGCACUGUAUUAUAGGAAAUGGUCAAAGGAUUCCCUGCGUACUUGGUAGUUGUCAGCUGAUUUCAAUUGUUAUGAUUUUUUGUGAUGUAUUCAGCUUGGAGCAUAUGCAAAAGUUCGGUUUUAAUAGUUAAUGCGUUAUAUAAAACUGUAAAAAAUAUUCUUACUAAUAUAAUGCGAUAGUAUGUGAACAUGUUAAAUGUUUGUUAAAAGCAACUGCGGACAUCCGAAAUCCGAACGGUUUUGGAUGAUAUUUGGUACAAAGAUAGACCAUGUCCUAGAUUAAAACGUAUGCUACUUUUUAUCCCAGUAAUAGGCUUGAAAUAAUGGAUUUUUUUAAUAUAAUUUAUAAAUAGAUAGCGCUGUAAAUAGAUAGACACAUGGCACUUUGAAUCGCUAGUGUUUUAGGGAUUUUUAUAACGGGAAAUGGAAUUUUACACGGACGAAGACGCGAGCAACCCCAAGUAAAAUAUAAUACUUAUAAAAGUUUGGCUUUUUUUUAUUGUGCUACGAUGUUUUUAAGUAAAUUAAAUGAAUUAUAAGCAUUCAUGUUUUAGCCUGAGUAGCCAAUUUUCAUAAAUGAGAUGCCUAAUUUACUCACUCACACACUACACACGGCUUUUAUCUCCGUGCAUGAGUUGCGCUUCCGCAACUUGUUCCCAGUUUUUGUUAUGAAUAGGGCACAAAUUCCAGACUACAAAGCUGGUUCUGAGAAGGAACAACCUAAAAUCACUUUGGCAAACCUCUGAUUUGUACCUGUGACGUCAGAUCCUAUGUAAUGCCGCGCCCGCAAUACAACUAAGCCACCGAAGCAUGCUUCAUUUAAAAAGAUAUUAACUUUUUGUCUCGCCUAAAUACUUUGACAAUUUAAUGUUUUAUAAAUUACAUAAUAUUAUUUGCUUCCUAGAAAACAUGUUAUGUACAGAAAAAAAUGUUGUUAUAUGUGUUUAAUCUAACGUUUAAUUCUGUGCUUAGUACAUUACAAAAGAGGUAUCAACAAGAUUUAUAUUUUUUAGCAGUCUUCUCAAAAAUGUUCUCUAAUUAUAUUGGAGUAGUGUCCAGUUUUGGCUGUUCUCCGCUAUUUUUAAGUUCGUGCCUCAUGAAUCUGUUGCAACAGACAAUCCUGUAUUGAACAAAAUAAAUAUUACGUAUAUUAUUAAGA